AUGGUUGUAUUGCAGGUAUUGCUGUGCUUGGUAUUCAUGGUGAUGAUGGUAGCAGUAGCAGUUUUAGUGGUAGCAAUAGUGGUUAGUAGUAGUAGUUGUUGUUGUAGUUGUAGUUGUGAAAGUAGUAGUAGUAACAGAAGAAACAGGCUUACCAACUAUCCGGUCCUUGUUCCUCCUCGUUGGCCCGUUUUCGUCGUCGUCGUUGGUUUAGUUUUGGUGCCGCACGGCAAAGACUGGAUCGUGACCGCUCCUGCUAGGUGCCUGUUGAUGGUGCUGGUAAAGGGCAGGGCAAGUUAUCGUCGUUACUGGUCCGUAAUGAUUGGUGCUUAUGAUGAUGAUGGUGAUGAUGAUGAUGAUGAUGAUGGUGGGAUGAUUUUGGGAUGGCCGAUUGGAAUGGAAUGGAAUGAAAAGGAGGGCGAACUUUUCAACGACACAAGAAAAGAGGACAGUCGUGAGCGAUAUUGA